AUGAAGGAUUCCAACGGGAUGGAGCAAGCAGAAGUUGAGAAUGGAGGGCGUUUGCGAGAGGAUAUGCGGCUCUAUCGCAUGGUUGAUCUGCAUGGUGGAGGAGAGAUGAUGACCAUCAUGAGGCAUGCUAAAGCUACAAAAGACUAUUCAUUCGUUGAUGACUACAUAAAAAAGCGGAUGCCUGAAUUUCUACUGAACAAUGAGAAGGGCAAGCUAUUUGCUGUCACAGAACUCGUUACUCUACGUAAUAAGGAGAGAAACGCAAAGUUGGGUGCCUUCCUGAGGAAGAAGGGCAAAGGGAAAGCGGCUGUAAAUGUUCUCGAAGGAUUCGACCAGAAUGACGCAAUGACUGGCGAUCUAAAGAAAGGCAUUCUUCAAGAGAGAGGAUCUAUGGGUGAAACGAUAGUUGGCGUAUGCCUUCUACAAGGAACGAUAAUUCAUAACAUGCUCGCUCUUCGGAUACUCGACUUCUACCCCAAACUGCUUAACGAUAUCUGCACCUCAGAAGAUUAUUACGGACUCUCACCUCUUCAUUUGGCGAUUAUCAACCAUGAUGUGCAAAUGGUCAGCAAGUUACUACAGAGAGGGGCUGAUGUGAAUCAAAGAUGCUAUGGAGCGUUUUUCUGUGCAGACGAUCAAAAAAGCAGUCGAACGGAUAGUUUGGAGCAUGAAUACGUCGAUUUGACUAUGAACACCAAUUACACUGGUACAAUGUACUUUGGUGAGUAUCCGCUCUCCUUUGCGGUUUGUAUGAAUCAGCCCGAUCUGUUUCGACUUCUUGUGGCUAAGAAAGCGAAUCUUAACGCACAGGAUACUAAUGGCAACACCGUGCUCCAUCUAUGUGUAAUCCAUGAAAAAAUAGAAAUGAUGAAGAUGGCUCUAGAGGCAGGUGCUCGACUGAACAUUGUGAACAAGCAGAACCUGACGCCUCUGACUCUAGCCGCAAAGCUGGCGAAAAAGAAGCUCUUCAACAUCAUUCUCGAACUGGAAGGUGAAAGUGUUUGGGUCUAUGGAGAGGCAAAUUGUUUCUCGUAUCCUUUGACAAAGAUCGAUACAAUCAAUGAAGUAUCUGGAGAGAUGAACGAACAGUCAGCUCUUUCACUAGUCGUUUAUGGGAAAACUUCGGAGCAUCUAGAGUUGCUUGAUGGAAUCCUAGAAAAAAUUCUUGAUGAGAAGUGGAAGGCAUUUGGGAAGCAGUGCUGGCUUCGUUCCCUACUUGCAUUCACGUUUUACUACGUAAUCUUCACCGCUGCGUAUAUGUUGCGACCAUUCUCGGCCACUACAGAGGUAAUUUUCGUUAAAUUCUCCUCCUUGAUAUACCAGUUGAAAAGUUCUUGUCGGAUAACCAGUUAA